CUCUGAUUAUUAUUUUGUUAGUGUACUGUAGCUUGUAAAUUUUAUAUUCCAUUAUUUAAUUUAGUAAUAUAGAAAUGGGAUUGAUAAUUCGUGGACAACUAAUUUUGUGCCAAUACAGUUGUUGUCCGCUCCAUUUAGUACUGAUAAUUGGGUUUUAUUCAUUUUUAAUGCUUGGCGUCCGUUUUUCUUUUCCUCUUUUCACAAGAUUCAAAUAAUUGAUCAUACUUCCCAACUGAAAUUGAACUGAAGAAGAAUAUAAGUUUAAGAUUAGAAUAAUUUAAUAACAAGUAUUAUAGUAUGUUCGUUACAUUGUGGUACAUGUGCUAUUAUAGCUUUGAUAGUCAUGAAACAUGAAUGUCCUGACCCAAUUCGAAUCUUUGUGUGUGUUUUCGUCAAACAUUGACAUUCUAUAAACUAUGUAGAACCACAUGGUAAAUGGAAAGAGGCAAAAUAGAGAAAAAAAAAAGCAGAGUUAUUCUGCAUGGAGCCUUCAAAGGCCAACUAAAAUAAAGCUAUCACAAAAUUGUUAUCUAAAAGAGUUAUUUUCGUAAUCAUCAAACUCAUCCGUCUUAUUUUCUGAAAGUAACACUCAUCUAAUCUGUAGGUAUAAAGAAAAGAUGAUCGACAAGCACAUGCAUGCAACCCUAGUUUGUGUUAUAAUGACGUCAGUGUAUUACUACCGUAUGUUGCAUGGUGACCAAAGAAAACAAUUAUUGACGCCAGUUCUUCUUGUUACUCUCUCAUACUUUUAAAAAGGUGUGUCCUUAAAUUCAUGGGAGCAUUACGUCACCGCUCCGCCUUGUGAAUAGCUCUGUCAAAUCUAUGACGGAUAAAAAAAAAAACAGAAGGACAUUUAAGCGAGAAGUAGAAUUCAGUGUCAUUCUCAACUCGGAUUGGGUCUCAGAGAGUAAACGAACGUGCAGACUGCAGAGAGAAAAGAGAAGAAAGAGUCUGGGCCAUUAGAAUAGUCCUUCCUGCCAAUAUAAUAUACAUUGACCUCUCUGUACUCUUGAGGGUAGCACAUGCUCCUCCUCUUUCUCCUUCCAUUUUUUUUUUCGUUUCUCAACUCUUCUCCGUAAAAUAGCAUUUGUUUUUGUUUUUAACUCCUAUCUUUCACAAUUCACAUGCCAUUUCUCUUUCUUCAUUGGUUAAUCUGUUCCCAAUGCUCAUUUGAAGUUUAUUUACUCUCUUCUCCCAAAGACGACAGACGACGACUCUCUUCAGAUCUACUCACUGUUCAUUACCCUUUCAUCAUCUGUUGAUUUUCCGGUGACCGGAACCAUAUAAGGAGGAACUCUGAUUAAAUGGUCUGCGAGAUGGAGACUGAUCAAAUCGAAGAGAUGGACGUCGAAGUCUUGUCUUCCAUGUGGCCCGAUGAUGUCGGAACCCAAGCAGACAACCAGUUUAACGUAGAGAAACCCGCAGGGGAUUCAGACACGUUGAAAGAAGUUGACAUCGCCGAGAAACGAACCAUGGCUGAUCUAAAACGUUUACCUGAACUCCUGAACACCACCGACCAAGGCUCCUCACAACUCACCAACCUCGUGAGACAAUGGGAGUACAUGCAAGACCACGCGGUUAGGCUUCUAAGAGAAGAGCUCAAGAUCCUCACCAGACAGAGAGAAGAAGCCGAGGCCAAGGAGCUUAAGAUCAUAGAGGAGCAUAACUUCGAGACCGAAGAGCCUGAGAACGUCCCCGUUUUGGAUGAGACCAGCCAUCUUUUCCGCAGGUUUAGGCAGAAGAAACGCGACGAGCUGGUCGAUAGCAAGAGGGUUGUGAUCGAUGAGGAGUUCGACACGGUUGCGUAUUGGAAACAGAAGGCGUUGAGUUUGGAGAAGAUGCUUGAAGCGAGUACUGAGAGAGAGAGGAGGUUGAUUGAGAAGCUGAACGAGAGUUUGAAGACUAUGGAGAGUCACUCAGCACCGGUGGAAGAGCUGACUCAGAAUCUCAAAAGAGCUGAAGGGUUCUUGCAUUUUAUUCUUCAGAAUGCACCUAUUGUUAUGGGUCAUCAGGAUAAAGAUCUACGUUACUUGUUCAUCUACAACAAGUUUCCUUCGUUACGAGAACAGGACAUUUUGGGCAAAACAGACGUGGAGAUAUUCCACGGAGGUGGAGUUAAAGAGUCUGAAGAUUUCAAGAGAGAGGUUCUUGAAAAAGGAAAAGCUUCAAAGAGAGAGAUCACAUUCGAGACAGAGUUAUUCGGAUCAAAGACGUUUUUGAUAUACGUUGAGCCUGUUUACAACAAAGCUCGCGAGAAAAUCGGUAUAAACUACAUGGGAAUGGAAGUAACUGAUCAGGUAAGGAAAAGAGAAAAAAUGGCUAAGCUCAGGGAAGACAACGCGGUGAGAAAAGCGAUGGAAUCAGAACUGACCAAGACCAUUCACAUCACAGAGGAGACUAUGAGAGCUAAGCAAAUGCUGGCGACAAUGUCUCAUGAGAUAAGAUCACCGUUGUCAGGAGUGGUGGGAAUGGCUGAGAUACUUUCUACUACAAAGCUGGAUAAAGAGCAAAGACAGUUGUUGAAUGUCAUGAUCUCUUCUGGUGAUUUGGUGCUUCAGCUGAUAAAUGAUAUUCUUGAUCUCUCCAAGGUUGAAUCAGGUGUGAUGAAGUUAGAAGCUACAAAGUUUAGGCCAAGAGAAGUGGUGAAGCAUGUGCUUCAGACAGCUGCUGCAUCGCUGAAGAAAGAUUUGACGUUAGAAGGAAACAUUGCAGAUGAAGUUCCUAUAUUGGUGGUUGGAGAUGUUCUAAGGAUCCGGCAGAUUCUCACCAACCUGAUCAGCAAUGCUAUCAAAUUUACACAUCGAGGAAAGGUUGGGAUCAAACUCAAAGUGAUAUCACAACCAUCCUUUGCUAGUGAUAAAGAACAAAACGAGACUUCGGUUUGGAUUUGCUGUGACGUUUAUGACACUGGAAUUGGAAUCCCAGAGAACGCUCUCCCUUGUUUGUUCAAGAAGUACAUGCAAGCAAGCGCUGAUCAUGCUCGCAAAUACGGUGGAACUGGUCUCGGUCUCGCCAUUUGUAAACAGCUGGUUGAGCUAAUGGGAGGUCAACUCACAGUGACAAGCCAAGUCAACUUAGGUUCAACGUUCACGUUCGUAUUACCAUACAAAGUUGCAACACCAGAUGAUCAUUCAGAUGAUCAAGAUGAGUUCUCUGACAUGGUUGAUCAUCAUCAACCAGAGCCAGACGACACAACCGAAGGAUACUUCCAGUUUAAACCCCUUCUAGGAUCUAUAUAUUCCAAUGGCGGACCGGUCAUGGGCAAUAACUUCUUACCUCACAAAGCUAUGCUCACUAGUCCUAUUAAGCUCAUCAACGGUUCUGUCGCCGAUCCUUCUAACAGCAGUGGACAAAGCCAGACGGUUCAGGUUGAAAAUGGUGGUUAUAUGGAUGAAUCUGAGUCGGCUCAUCAAUAUGGCAAUGGGAAUGGUCAUCGAUGUCCCUCCAAGGAAAGUGAAUCUUGUAGCAGUUCACAAGCUAGCUCAGAAAUGGAGUCAGAGCUUACAGUUUCAUCUCCUAGGGAAGAGGAGAAAACUGAGACAGAGGUCAAAGAGACAUCACAGCCAAAGAUUCUGCUUGUGGAAGAUAACAAAAUCAACAUCAUGGUUGCUAAGUCGAUGAUGAAGCAACUAGGCUAUACCAUGGACAUUGCCAAUAACGGAGUUGAAGCAAUAAACGCUGUUAAAGACACUAGCUACGACUUGGUACUCAUGGAUGUGUGCAUGCCAGUUAUGGAUGGUUUAAAAGCUACAAGACUGAUCCGUUCAUACGAAGAAUCUGGGAACUGGGAUGCUGCAAUAGAAGCAGGAGUUGAUAUAAAGACAUCAGAGAGUGAGCAAGGCUGUGAGCGUUCCACUGACCGGCUGCCUAUAGUCGCUAUGACCGCUAAUACAUUAGCAGAGAGCUCAGAAGAAUGUUAUGCAAAUGGUAUGGACUCUUUUAUUUCUAAACCUGUAACGUUGCAAAAACUUAAAGAGUGUCUACAACAGUAUCUCCAGUGAGAUUUUCAAAGUUUGUAUAUAAAAAUGUGAUAUAGGAAAAAGUUUUGGAGAGCUAUACAAAAGUAGCUUUGCUCUCUUAGGGAUUGUACAGUUAUCAAUAAAAAAAGAGUUUGUCUUUCUUUAUUUAUUUGUGGGAAGUUCAUGGGGAGA